AUGGUUGGGAGCGUGGGCAACGGGCUGGCGGAUCUGGGCGCAGGGGCCGUCUCCAUGAACGGGGUGGGGAAGGCGCUGCAUCCUGCCGAGGCGGCGGCGGCGGCGACGGCCGCCGCGGAGACGCUCCCGAUGGAGCUGGAGCCGCCGGAGGCCUUAGUGGCCGCGGCGGCGGUGGAGGUGGAGGCGAAGCGGGAGGAGGAGGCUGCCAACGGGAGGAGGGAGAUCGUGAUGGGGAGGAACGUGCACACCUCCUGCUUUGCCGUGAAGGAGCCCGACGCGGACGACGAGGAAACCGGUGAGCGGGAGGCGACCAUGGCCAGCGUCCUCGCGCUCUACCGCCGCUUGCUCGUCGAACGCACCAAGCACCACCUCGGUUACCCAUACAAUCUGGACUUCGAUUAUGGUGCACUGGCCCAGCUGCAGCACUUCUCCAUUAACAACCUUGGCGACCCCUUCAUCGAGAGCAACUACGGUGUCCACUCCAGGCAGUUUGAGGUUGGAGUGUUGGAUUGGUUCGCUCGCCUCUGGGAGUUAGAAAAGGAUGAGUACUGGGGAUAUAUUACUAACUGUGGUACAGAAGGAAAUCUGCAUGGGAUUCUUGUUGGGAGGAAGGUGUUCCCUGAUGGAAUAUUGUAUGCUUCUCACGAGUCCCAUUAUUCAGUAUUCAAAGCUGCAAGAAUGUACAGAAUGGAUUGUGUCAAAGUUGACACCCUUAUGUCUGGGGAAAUAGAUUGUGCUGAUUUCCAGAGAAAGUUAUUGCAGAACAGAGACAAACCUGCCAUCAUUAAUGUUAACAUUGGAACAACUGUGAAGGGGGCAGUUGAUGAUCUAGACUUGGUUAUCAAAACCCUUGAGGAAAACGGCUUUAAAGAUCGGUUUUAUAUUCAUUGUGAUGGUGCCCUUUUUGGAUUGAUGAUACCAUUUGUUAAGAAGAUAACAAGAUUGGAGCACAUAAAUGCCCUUUCUAGCAAUGUGGAGUAUCUGGUGUCAAGGGAUGCAACAAUCAUGGGAAGCAGGAAUGGCCAUGCUCCCAUCUUCCUCUGGUACACCCUCAACAGGAAGGGCUACAGAGGCUUUCAGAAAGAAGUCCAAAAGUGCUUGAGAAACGCACACUACCUAAAAGAUCGCCUCAGGGAGGCAGGAGUCGGAGCAAUGCUUAACGAGCUCAGCAGCACAGUUGUAUUUGAAAGACCGAAGGAUGAAGAAUUUGUCCGAAGGUGGCAGCUCGCUUGUGAACGCAAUAUAGCUCACGUUGUGGUGAUGCCCAGUGUCAACAUUGACAAGCUAGACUAUUUCCUGAAUGAAUUAGUGGAGAAACGGGCGACUUGGUACCAGGAUGGAAUAAGCCAGCCCCCCUGCAUUGCCAGAGACGUAGGCGUUGAGAACUGUCUCUGUGGCCUUCACAAGUAG